CCUCUUCUACCUCUUUUUCUUCCCCUUCAAAAUUAAACAAACAUUUUCUUCACUCUUUCUUCAAUGGCUGUGGAAACCAUAGGUGUUCAUAAAUUCAUGACGGAGGAACAAUUAGCUAUACAAGAAGCUGCUUCAGCUGGAAUAAAAAGCAUGGAACAUCUCAUUCGUCUUCUUUCCUCUCAAACACCUUCUUCAUCUUCUUCUCAUAAAAUUUCUUCAAACAACCUCGACUUCUCCGAAAUAACCGAUUUUACCGUAUCUAAGUUCAAACAAGUCAUCAACCUUUUAAACCGUACCGGCCACGCCCGAUUCCGCCGUGGACCACUGCCGCAACAACAACCUCAGAUCCAUCAUGAAUUAAAUCUAGAAUUGCCGAAACUCGACAACAUCCUUAAAAACAAAGAGGAUAAUCAAACUCUUACAGUCUCAAACACCACCAACUCUUCUUUCUUGUCUUCCAUCACCGCCGACGCUAGUGUCUCCGACGGUAAAAUUGGACCCUUUUUAACGAACCCUGCAAUUAAACCACCUCUUUCUUCAUCUCACCGGAAAGUAUAUCAUGAAGCUGCACCUUCACCGUCGAACUGCCAUUGCUCCAAAAAAAGGAAAUUACGAGUGAAAAGAACAAUCCGUGUGCCGGCUAUAAGCUCCAAAGUUGCUGAUAUUCCUCCGGACGAAUUCUCUUGGAGAAAAUAUGGUCAAAAACCGAUCAAGGGUUCCCCUUACCCUCGUGGGUACUAUAAAUGUAGCACCGUGAGAGGAUGUCCGGCAAGGAAGCACGUGGAACGAGCACAAGACGAUCCAAACAUGCUUAUCGUCACGUACGAGAAUGAGCACCGUCAUGCACAACCGUUAACCGCCGCUCCCGUCGUUGGUUUCAGCCUUCAGUCUUGUUGAAUUAUGUAACGGCGUCGUUUGGAAAACUCUGCUAUCUGCAUACAUUUCUCGACGGUGACGGCGUCAAAAUCGAGGUGUUCGAGGGAGAAAAGAAGUCAACAUGGCAUUGUAGAGUUUGACGGAGUUGUCGAAAAAGUUGAUGAGGACGUUAAUGUAAAUUUGACAGUAUCAAAAUUAAAUACAGCUAGCUAGCUUUUUUUAUUUUAAAUUUUUUUGGCAUUGUUAAUUUUUUUUUAAUGGAUGUGAAAUUGAAUUGCAUCUUUGGGUCAACUAAUGCAUUUAAUUUAAGAGAUUUUUA